AUGGAUAAAUUCUCCAAACACGUAAGAUUGUUCCCAAUGACGAAUCAAAAACUAGAAACGAUAAUAGAAAGAAUAAGAGAGUACUUCGGAGAGAUGACAAUCCCGAAGGAAGUGCUUACAGACAACGGAGGUCAAUUUAUUACAGACAAAUGGCAAAGUUUUGCGGAAGAAAUGGGUUUUACGGCAAAGAAAACGACGCCCUACAAUCCCCAAUCAAAUCCAAUGGAACGCGUGAUGCGCGAGCUAGGCCGCAUAAUAAGAGCAUACGCCAGUCACAGGCAGGGAGCGUGGAGCAAAAUAAUCGUGAAGGCCAAAAACGCCAUAAAUAAUACGGUACACGCUAGUACAGGUUUUACACCUAACGAGCUACAAAACAACCGAACGGAUAAUUUCGGGUUAGCAGAGGCGUUAUUACCGAGACGUCUUAGAGAAAUGACGUGGAACGAGAAGAUAAAACAAGCCAGAGCCAAUUUAAGAAGAAACGCGGAGAAGCGUAAGAGACAGGCGGAUAAGCGAGAACACGCUAAACCAUACGAGGAAGGUCAAAAGGUGUGGGUGAAACUACACAGACAAUCAGACGCGAACCGUAGAGUCACGAAAAAGAUACACUUGGUGUACGACGGACCGUACUACGUGUUAAGGGUACUCAGACGAAACGCUUACUUGAUUGGAACCGCGAAUGGAACGGUGAAAGGGGCGUAUAACACGAGACAACUGAGACCUGACAGAAGCGCGAAAUGGAACAAACGCGACGACAUAGAUGACAUCGACGAACGAGACGAUAGUCAGUCGCGUAUAACGAGUAACGAACGAACGUACGAGGAUACGAGAGAAAGAGACGAGACGGACGUGACAGAGGAAUUUGAGGAAGGCGAACCGUCCAGUGAAAUAAACGACGUGAAUGAAAACACGCUAGCGAGCGAAUCCGAUGAAAACGAAUCUAGACCGAGCAACAGUUCGAACGACGAGCAAUCCCUAAACGCGACGCGAAUAGGCGAGAUAGGCGAGAAGAGUGAGUCGAACUAUACCAUCGAACGAAGCGAAGAUUCGACGACGAGCGAGCGAAGCGAAGAGCGCGACGCGACAAAAACUACGGAGCGAAGCGUAAUUCCGUUAAAACGCGAAAUCGUGAGCUUAUGCGACGACGACCAACCCGAGAUAGCGGAAAAAUACAGCGAGAACGAAUUCGAGCAAAGGGUAAAGAGCGCGAGAGGACAGGCAUAUCGAGUACGCAAGAGACGCGAAACCCGAAACGGAAGCGUUAGUUAUACGUUAGAGCAAGGAUAUAAUAUUUGUCCCAUGGUGAGAAUACCGUGUAACAACGUAAACGCGUGGAUAGACUGCGAAAGCAUCGAAUACGAGCAAAAGCGCGAGAAAACGAAACGCGAAUUGAUAAAGUUAGAUCAUUCGUUGAAAAAUAUCGAAAGCGAGGCGAAAAAGCGACAAAAAGCGAUUAAAACGCGAAGCGAAAGCGCGAAAGCGAAACAAGCGAGCGAAGCGAAACUCAGGAGCGCGCUAACACAAGCCAUCGAGCUGUGCAAGCAGAGCGAAAACACGGAGGAGGACCAAACCUGGUACAAGUUGACGAACGAGUGUCAAAUUCGAGCGAGACGACGCGACGAGGGACAGAGACGAUCGAGCCCCGAGAACAACGUUUGCGUCAGUAAGCCCGACUCAUUUCGUCGACGAUCCGGUGUAACGCGAGAGGAAGUGUCACAUUCAACGGAGACUACGGUGAUCAGAGAAAUUCCGAGUCCCGAAAACCAACUAGGUAAUCCACUACUUUGGGAUAUAUCACCUAUUCUGGAUACAUACUCGAGGCAAAACGCGAGAAAUAGUGACCAGCCAGAGGAAGAAAUCAAUAUAUAUGAUUCCAGCGACGAGGCGAGCGCGAAAUUUAUAAAGUCAAUCGAAAGUGAAAAACCGACAGGUAAGGCGAACUCGACAGCCAGAGUAGAGCCACAAAUUACCGACCGAAGAUCAAAAUUACCGACUAAACAGCGGAACACGGCACAAUCAGCCGAAGUUACGGACAAAACCGUUAGAGGCGCGAACUGCGGAGAGAGCAGCGACGCGAAUAAGGAAGACAGGAGUGCAGAGAAGGCCGAGAGAGCAAUCGAAGGCGAGACUUCGAAACGACACGACGCCAGUGUAACGCGAUUACGUGCGAAUCGGCAGAAAACGAGAAAACGCGGAAAAAUGAACGCGAGUGAUUUCCAAAAGUUGUUAGAGGAGGAAGAGAAGACGAGUCAGGAAUUCAAGUCAUUCCUGCGAGAUCGUAUUAACGUGGCUAGGAUACGCGGAAGGAUGCAAACUAUGAGAAAAUUCAUGGAUACCGCGAAUAUUACAGAUCCAACGCCAAGCCAAGUACUAGAGGAAGCGAACGAGAGGAGUACGAUCAGAGAUCCAACACUAGACGAGGACGAGGAGCUGAGAUUCUACGUGUUGAUGAAAUUUGAGCGCAGAACACUGUCCAUGAAGCAAGUCUUCACAAGAACGGAUAGAAUUACUACCCAAGAUUUAGACGAGAUAACGGAAGACCGGCCACAGGAACAACAAGCCGAAUCAGAAAAACGAAAGGAGAUCGUGCGAGAGACAUCCGAGUCCGACACGGAGGAGGAACGAAAGCGCGAACGUCAAAAGAAACGACAACGACAACAACAACGCGCGAAGAAAACCAAGAGCGAUUGGGAGAGCGAGCCAGUAAAACGCUCGACCAAGAACGCGAGAAAACCAUUGAGACGCAAAGACCGUAAGAUCGAUGGAAGAUCUACGAGAAAACCCGAAUCUUAUGUCCGAGGGCAAGGAGGCAAAUUCGCAUCCAAGCCGAAAAUUACGGAUGUAAGGGUAAUAAUACCAGCAAAAGAGGCGCAAGCGGCAAGAUUGAGUAAGGAGGAGCAUCGAUUUACAACCGAGAUCGAAGGCGAAAGUGGGAAGGGCCGAGCUGACCAAACAAAAACCGGCGAGGCAAAACAGACCCAGGAACUUCGAGCGGAGAUGCCAAUCGAACCCAGACCAUCCACGUCAAGGGAGAUAGAUCCGUGA